UCCCCGAAGCGUUGGUCGACAGUGAGUGGGUGGAGGUCCCGAGCGUAGAGACGGCGAACAUGUUGGGAGGAGGUCUGAUGCAAACCACUGUCGCUAACGAGCUGGGGACCUCAAUACCACAACCUACGAACAAAACCGAAUCAGGUCAGCCGCCAACAUCCACAGUAACUGAGACAAAGCACUUGGCUGUGAAACCGACCAACAUGUCCAAGACGGAGUCAGCUGGCGUUUCCAUUCCCUCUGAAGAAGGUGUAUCAGCUGAACAGAUCAACAACCCAUCAGAAACAGAACUACAGCAACUAUAUGUGAGUGAAGAGCUGGUCAACUCACACGAACAUUCGACCAACCGAUCUGAAAUAGAACUACAGCAACUAUAUGUGAGUGAAGAGCUGGUCAACUCACACGAACUUUCGACCAACCGAUCUGAAAUAGGUCUCAACCUGGUUUCCAAGCUGACGGGUCGGGAGUACCACUUGGUGUUGGACAUGAUGAGCUGGGUGGAGGCGCGCGCACACUGCCAGAGGAGUUUCACCGAUCUGGCCAGCAUACCCAGCCCGGAGGAAGAGGAGAUGAUCGAGGUCUUCGCUGCCCGAGGCACUUGGCUGUGGAUCGGACUUCACAAUGACGACCAGUCCCCGGACGGCUGGCGGUGGACCACGGGGGAGAGCUUCAACUACACCAACUGGGCGCCUUGGUACACGCCAGAAUUCAACGCCACCGUGCCCAUCUGUGUGUACAUCGACAUUGACCAGUGGAUGGACACCCACUGCGAUAUCCCUCUUCCCUUCGUCUGUUACACAGAACCGUCACCAAAAUUGAUCGACCCCGACACAAACGUAAUACCUGGAACGGCUGCUAAUCAUUCGGAAACAGGUAAUUCCCAAAUGGCCUACCGCAAACUGUGUGACCACCCUCUGGGUCGGGACUUCCCCCCAACAUCGGGAAUAUUCCCAAGUUUCUCUUUGGCAAAUGAUGACAUUUUUUUUCUACCGUGUUUCCUAGGCUCGUUGCAGGCGAAGGCAUCUUUGGGCAGAGGAUAUCAUCUGAUCAAAGAGUUGAAGACGUGGUCCGAAGCUCGGGACUACUGUCAGAACAGAUUCACGGACCUCGCCAACAUCCUGAGUUGGGAGGAGUGGGAGGUGGUGACGCGUUUCGCCAUCCCCAGCGUGUGGCUCUGGAUCGGGCUGUACAACGACGACCAUUCGUCCAACGGGUGGAAGUGGACAACAGGAGAGAAGUUUCGUUACACCAGCUGGGUGCCUUGGCAUCCGCAGGAGCUCAACGUUACCUUCCCCAGCUGUGUGUACAUAGACCAGGAACAGUGGGUGGACACCCAAUGCGAUGUCCUAUUGCCCUUCAUCUGUUACACAGAGCUCCCCGCACCUUCUAGUGCUGAAGAACCAGAGGCCUGGAAUUCACAGACUACCUUUAUAUUGGACUCGGAUGAGGACUUAGACGCCUUCUUAACAAAUCUAUCUUCUACUGGAGAACUGCCAGUAUUAUCCAUCACAGAUGAAGAAGCGGCUUUAAUUGGGCAAUUCGGGAAUAUGGUGGGAAGUGAAAAGAUCCUAAGCCAAUCUCUGCACCAUAAAUCCAAGUCGCCUUAUAUGGAAGGUCGGCCGUUGACUCAGGAAGGGGGAGACAGGGAGUACUCUGUGGUUCGGCAGGAGAAGACCUGGAAGGAUGCGAGAGACCACUGCCGGAGAAACUACACCGACCUGGUGAGUUUCAGGACGCCCAGGGAGGAGGCGCUGGUCAGCUCCAUGCUGGGCCAGGGGGAGUGGAAAUGGAUUGGCCUCCACAACGAGGAGCUGAAAAACAGUGGCUGGAAGUGGGUGAAUGGAGACAAUUUCACCUAUUCCAACUGGGCUCUGUGGUACCAGGAGCAGUUCAGCGCCACCUCGCACGUCUGCGUCUCCACUGACCGCGAAGAGUGGUUUGGACUACAGUGCGAUUUCGCCCUCUCCUUCAUUUGCUACGCAGAGGUUCAGCAGGCAAGGACGCCCGAGGCCAACAGCUAUCCUGCAGAACUGGGAGAUAAACAACGCAAGCCGCCAGCGCAAGCCUUGUACCCAAAGCAGUCGGGGCAUGUUCAGAGCAUUGGGACGGAGGAGAGGCUGUACUUCCUGAUUGAGCAGAGGAACAACUGGACAGAGGCGCGGGAAUACUGCCAACGCCACUACACGGGGCUGCUGAGCAUCCGCAGCAAGGAGGAGACGGAGAUUUUGAGCCCGCUCCUUGCCCAGGUGAAGUGGAUCGGUCUCUUCACCGGCCAACUGGGGACCUGGAGCUGGUCGAACGGUGACGUGUACCAGUAUGCCAACUGGUCGCCCACCUACCCCUUCAAAUACACCACCGGAGUGCCCAUGUGUACCUACGCCUCCAACAAAGGCUGGGCCGAGGAGACGUGCGACACUCUCUUCCCCUUCAUCUGCUACCUGGACAUGCCCCGUCCUCGCCGUCUUCUGCCUGGGGACAACAUGCUUCCACCUACUGGAGAACGCAAGGAUAUUACUCUGCGGGACACCAUAUCCGGGCGGAAUUUCAGACCAAAUCGGAACCAGACGAUCUCCAGUGGGGACAGAAUGUACUACUUGAUCGAGGAGGAGAAGACGUGGAACAAGGCGUGGACUUACUGCCGGAACCAUUACACCAACCUGGUCAGCGUGCGCAGUGCCGAGGAGGCCAGUAUCGUCGCCAUGCUGGUUCACGGGCCCCAGUGGAUCGGACUCUACACCGACGGCAUGUCCGGUUGGAUGUGGACCAACGGCGACCGCUUCGGCUAUGCCAAGUGGGGCUUGUGGCACCCCUACAACUUCAACAACAGCCUGCCCAUGUGUGUGGCCAUCUUCGACGCUGAGUGGCACGAAGCCGACUGUGACUUCCCCUUCCCCUUCAUUUGCUACCGAGAUGUGAGAUCCAACGGAAGAACGCCUGCUAUCGCAAACGGGAACAUUGGACUGCCUGUAAGAAGCGAACAAUCCUACAUAUCGAAAGACUACUCAGAUAUCCUCACCGACUUUACCGUAGACAGCACGCCCCGGAGGCUGUAUCACAAGGUCACCGCGGAGAAGACCUGGUCCGAUGCUCGGGACUACUGCCGGGCGCAGUUUACUGACCUGCUUAGCAUUCAGAGCGAGCAGGAGAGCAACGACACCCGCGCUCUCUUCGAGGAGCUGAAGCAGAGCUGGGUUGGCCUGUACAAUGAGCGGCAGAUGGCCGAGACCUGGGAAUGGGCUGACCACAGUCGCGUCAAUUACACCAGCUGGAAGGCCGGCCAACCCCAUCGGUACAGCCUCCUCUCCCCCGUCUGUGUUUAUGUCGAGGAAGGCCUGUGGACCGACGCCCCUUGCCGAUUUCUAUUGCCUUUCAUUUGCUACUCAGGUAACGGGCCGGAAGCGUGGGUUUGGGGGCUGAGAGCGUGGAAGGGGUCAGGGCUUCCCAACAGGGUCUCUCACUCCUUUACAAGGUCACAAGUUAUAGGAGUAGAAUUAGGCCAUUCAGCCCAUCGAGUCCACUCCACCAUUCAAUCAUGGCUGAUCUCUGACUAAUCCCAUUUUCCUGCCUUCUCCCCAUAACCCUUGACACCCAAUGUGUCUUAUCUCCGCCUUAAAAAUAUCCACUGACUUGGUCCCCACAGCCCUCUGUGGCAAUGAGUUCCACAGAUUCACCACCCUCUGACUAAAGAAGUUCCUCCUCAUCUCCUUUCUAAUAGAGCGCCCUUUAAUUCUGAGGCUGUGACCUCUGGUCCUAGACUCUCCCACCAGUGGAAACAUCCUCUCCACAUCCAUUCUAUCCAGGCCUUUCUUUAAUCUGUAAGUUUCAAUGAGGUCCCCCCCUCGACCUUCUAAACUCCAGCGAGUGGAGGCCCAGUGCCAUCAAACGCUCAUCAUAUGCUAACCCACUCAUUCCUGGAAUCAUUCUGGUAAACCUCCUCUGGACCCUCUCCAGAGCCAGCAUAUCCUUCCUCAGAUACGAGGCCCAGAUUUGACCACAGUACUCUGAAUGCGGCCUGACCAGCACCUCAUAGAUCCUCAACAUUACAUCUGUGUUAUUGUAUUCCAAUCCUCUUGAUAAAAGUGCUAGCAUUGAAUUUGCCUUCCUUACUAACAAUUCGAUUUGCAAAAUAACUUUGAGUCCUGCGCCAGCUCUCCCAAGUCCCUUUGCACUUCCGAUUUCUGGAUUCUCCCUCCAUUUAUAAAAUAAUCAACGCCUUUAUUCUUAGUCGGAAAAUGCAUGAUUGCGCGCUUUGCUAACUUGAAUUCCUUCUGCCACUUCUCUGCCCAUUCUCCCAACCUGUCUCGGUCUUUCUGCAGAGUCCUUGCUGCCUCUACACUGCCUGCCCAUCCACCUAUCUCAGCAUCAUCUGCAAACCUGGCCACUAAGGCUUCAAUCCCCUCAUCCAAACCAUUAAUAUAUAACGUGAAGAGAAGCGGCCCCACCAUUGACCCUGAUGACUGGCAGCCAAUCUGAAAAAGCACCUUUUAGAAACAUAGAAACAUAGAAAAUAGGUGCAGGAGUAGGCCAUUCGGCCCUUCGAUCCUGCACCGCCAUUCAAUAUGAUCAUGGCUGAUCAUCCAACUCAGUAUCCCGUUCCUGCCUUCUCUCCAUACCCCCUGAUCCCUUUAGCCACAAGGGCCACAUCUAACUCCCUCUUAAAUAUAGCCAAUGAACUGGCCUCAACUACCUUCUGCGGCAGAGAAUUCCACAGAUUCACCACUCUCUGUGUGAAAAAGGUUUUCCUCAUCUCGGUCCUAAAUGAUUUCCCCCUUAUCGUUAAACUGUGACCCCUUGUUCUGGACUUCCCCAACAUCGGGAACAAUCUUCCUGCAUCUAGCCUGCCCAAGCCCUUAAGAAUUUUCUAAGUUUCUAUAAGAUCCCCCCUCAAUCUUCUAAAUUCUAGCGAGUACAAGCCGAGUCUAUCCAGUCUCUCUUCAUAUGAAAGUCCUGACAUCCCAGGAAUCAGUCUGGUGAACCUUCUCUGUACUCCCUCUAUGGUAUGAAUGUCCUUCCUCAGAUUAGGAGACCAAAACUGUACGCAAUACUCCAGGUGUGGUCUCACCAAGACCCUGUACAACUGCAGUGGAACCUCCCUGCUCCUAUACGCAAAUCCUUUUGCUAUGAAAGGCAACUCUGCCAACUCUUUAUUGCAACUCAGCCGUCCAGCCAACCCAUUAUCUAUGCUGGUCUCUUCUCUUGAAUAUCAUGGGCUCUCAUCUUCUCUAGCAGCCUCUAGGUACCUUAUUGAAGGAUUUCUGAAAAUCUAGCUAAAUAACAUCUACAGCUCCCCUUCUGUCUGUCCUGCUAUGAGCUUCCUCAAAGAACUCCAGUAGAUUGGUCAGGCAACAUCUGCCCUUGCUGAUGUAAACCAUGCUGACUUUGGUCUAUUUUAUCGUGAACUUCCAAGUGCUGCCUAACUUCAUCCUUUAUAAUUAACGCUAACAUCUUACCAAGGGGGAACAACUGCCAUCUCCUACCCAUUUCCACGGGGGAUUUGUCUGUGGCUGACGCAACAAAACUGUGGACACCUUCAUCAUAGGAAUGUCUUCCACCAUCAUUUUACUGGGAGCCUCCACUUAAACCCAAUCUCUAGUUGUAGUGGAGGACCAUCAGAUUGAGAAGUUCGCUUUCCACCACCCUUAUAGAGUCAUAGUCAUAGAUGAAUACAGUGUGGAAACAAGCCCUUCGGCCUAACUUGCCCACACCAGCCACCAAUGUCCCAGUUACACUAGUCCCACCUGCCUGCGUUUGGUCCAUAUCCCUCUAAACAUGUCCUAUCCAUGUACCUGUCCAACUGUUUCUUAAAUGAUGGGAUAGUCCCAGCCUCAACUACCUCCUCAGGCAGCUUGUUCCAUACACGCAUGUGUGGAAACAUUACCUCUCGGAUUCCUACUAAAUCGUUUCCCCUUCAUCUUGAACCUAUGUCCUCUGGUCCUCGAUUCCCCAACUCUGGGCAAGAGACUCUGUGCAUCUACCCGAUCAAUUCCUCUCAUGAUUUUGUACACCUCUAUAAGAUCUCCCCUCAUCCUCCUGCGCUCCAUGGAAUAGAGACCCAGCCUACUCAACCUCUCCCUGUAGCUCACACCCUCUAGUCCUGGCAACAUCCUCAUAAAUAUUCUCUGAACCUUUCAAGCUUGACAAUAUCUUUCAUAUAACAUGGUGCCCAGAACUGAGCACAAUAUUCUAAAUGAGGUCUUACCAACGUCUUAUACAACUGCAACACAAUCUCCCAACUUCUAUGCUCAAUACCCUGACUGAUGAAGGCCAAUGUGCCAAAAGCCUUUUGGACCACCUUAUCUACCGCUGUCUCAACCUUCAUGGAACCAUGCACUUGUACUAGAUCCCUCUGCUCUACAACACUACCCAGUGGCCUACCAUUUACUGUGUAGGUCCUGCCCUUGUUCGACGUCUCAAAAUGCAACACCUCACAUUUCUCCGUAUUAAAUUCCAUCAACCAUUCCACCGCCCAUCUGGCCAAUACUAUCAGUGUCAUGGAGGACCCCCAUAUUGGGAAGAUCUCUCUCCAUCAUAAUUUACAUGGAGACUCUUCUUAAUGGUCACUCUCAGUAGCGUGGAGGACCAUCAGAUCGAGAAGGUCCCUAUCCACCAUUGCUCCUCGCAACGUUGACCUUGUCGUGGUGAAGAGGCUUGCGUUACCCCAUGAUUCCGAGAGCGUGGGGUCGGAAGCACAAGCUUCAGGUAGGGACACCCAUGGCGGUAAGGUCGAGGAAGAAGAUCCAGACUAAGACUGAUCCAACCUCAAGGGCGGACCAUUGGGACAAAGUUAUUUUGAACUCAGCGGCUGUGAGGGCGGAUGAAGGCUGCAACAGAUCUAUCAGCUCCGGUUCCCUUGCCAUCGGAAUGAGUUGGUUGAUUUUUGAAGGACCGUGAACUUCUUGGAGAAUGCAACAUCAAGUACACGCUAAACAAACACACGCACUGGCGUCUUGGUUCUGUGAGCAAAAACAACAGAACAUAGACCAUCAUCCUCGACGAUCCACCAUUCUUAAGUCUCCACUUGAUCACCACUACCAGGAGCACGGAAGAUCUUCUCUGUUGAAAGGUCCCUCACCACAACCCUUGACUGGGAACCUCCACAAUCCCCACCAUUGGACCAUCAUGUUGAGAAGGCCCAUCUCCACCACCCUUUAAUGGAAGAUUCAUCUUCAUCAAGGAGGAGCAUCAGAUUGAGAAGAUCACUCUCUACCACACAUUAUUUCGAGGCACUAUUCGACCACCAGCAUGAGGGCUUUUUUUUAAUUCAAAAAAUGUAUUCAAUUGUUAAAGAAAAUUAUAUUACACUACAAUAAAACAAACCAGAACUGACCACCGUAACACCAUACAAACAAAUAUCCUUAAUAAACCACUAUACAAUCUUACACUCCUUGUCAAGGAUGCGUUCAACACCCUGCGGAGCCCAGCGGUCCCGGAAGUCCCCCAGGGUGCCCGUGGACAGGGCGUAUUCCCUUUCUAACCCCACCCAGGCACGGACGUAAACCCCCGGAAAAGGGGAGGGCUAUCACCUUGGUGGGGUCCCUCUUCUCCACUCUCCACUUAAUCACAAUCGGGGAGCGUGGAGGGACUUUCUCCUUUGGAUGGUCCCUAACCACAACCCUUCACCAGGAAACCUUCACAAUUCCCAGCCAAACGGUAGCAUUGGAGGAUAAUCACCUUGAGAAGUUCCCUCACCACCACCCUUGAUUUGGACACUCCAUUUAAUCGCCACCACCAGUGGCACGGAAGACCAAACGUUGAGAUACGUCCCUCUUCACAACCCUUUACGCGAGGACUCCACUUACAAGAGAUACAAGAUACAUUUAUUCAUCACAUGCACCAAUUGGUACAGUGAAAUGUGUGGUCACCCAUACAGCCAUAGGAAUAAAAAAAGAACAUAACAAACGAUAGACUCCAACAUAAAUAUCCCCACACAGCAGAAUCAAAGUUUCCCACUGUGAGGGAAGGCACCAAAGUUCAUUCCUCUUCCUCUGAUGUUCUUUGAUGUUCACCCGUGGUCGGGGCCUCCCGAGCCCUCCGCAGUCGCCCGAUGUCCAGGCCCGCUCGCCGAGAUGAUGGAAUUCCGAUGUUGGAACGGGAGUACACCCUCAGCGGCUUGGAGCUUCGAAUCGGCCACUCCUUACCGGAGUCCGCAGCUCCCGAAGUCCACGGGCAGCGCCGGGCGGAGACACGCACCGGCGGCUCCCGGCAAAGGGAUCCCACGACUCUGCGAUGCUGAAGUCAGCGCCGCCCGCGCUGGAAGCCCUUCAGCAGCAAGGAGGACCGUCAUCUUGAGAUGGUCGUGCUCCAUUUCCCCCUGUUGGGUGACUCCACUUGGUGACCACCACCAGAGGCAUGGACCAUCAGAUUGAGAAGAUCCUGCUCCACCACUCUUGACUGGGAGACUCUACUUAAUCACCCCCAUCAGUAGAACGUGGAGGGCCUUCUUGGUCAAAAGGUCCCUCCACAUAACCCUUUACUGGGAACCCUCACAACCCCCGCCUUCGGUAGCAUGGUGGACCAUUACACUGGCCCACCACCCUUGACUGAGACAUUACAUUACCCUAUUAUGCCUCCUGGCAUGUAGGGCAGCAACGAAGGUCCUCCACUCAGCAGUGUUGAUUCCUUCAGUUGAUGUUUCCGUAACAUAUUUGUUUUAUGAGACAGGGUUGUUAGCCCUGUGCUCAACCCCCAACCUGGAGGACCAGUGGACCGCUCAUCAUCUCGCCUCUCCCUUGUGACCUGUUCAGCAUAGGAGAUGAAUCUCCCGCUGGCAUAGCUCUAGGGGCCACUGAGACACACAAGCUCCCCGACCACGACAAGGUUGCAAUCCAACUGAGAGACUCCACUUAAUUGCAACCAUCAGGAGCAAUGGAGGACUAUCACCUCGACAAGGUCCUGCUCCACCGCAUGUGACUUGGAGACUCCACUUAAUCCCCAUCAUCUGCAACAUGGAGGACUAUCAACUUGAGUUGGACCCUCUCCACCACCCAUUUUUUGGGAGAUCUCCACUGAUGACCACCACCAGUAGCAUGGAGGAGGAGGACCACCAUCAGAUUGAGAAGACCCUUCUCCUCCGCACUUUACUCCGAGCCUCUGCUCAAUCCCCAAUGCCAACUCCGUGACGACCACCUUUCAGCACAGGAAGCUCUCUCAUCUGCCGGGGCAUCUUUACCAUAAGAAAGCCCCUCACACCCCACCUCAACAGUGGCCAAGGGCCUGUAUCGCUUUCACGACCUAAUUCGCGACCUUUUUUACUCGUGGACAUUUUUCAUCAGGCUAGAAAAAAACGCCCCGACCUACUUGAUGUCAUGAGUACCUACGACUAGCAUCACAGUCUACCUACGACCUAUCUACGACCAUGCUGCGAGUAUAGACCACUAUCACGGCACCUUUUGUUCCUGAGGCUACCUCUGUACCCCAAGACCAGACGCCUUGGAAUCUUGGCCAUCACUUCUCCUUGCCUGAGGGGAACCCCUUUCCCUUUAUCGGCUAUACUUUAUCUUCGUGAUACACACAUUAAGGAGAAUCUGUCAACAGUUUUCUCUACAUGCACCCUAUCAUCAAUUGAAAACACUCUGGUUGAGAACCACUUCUGUUUCUUCUUAAUCAUGCUUUGUACAUCCAUCAUAUUGGACCAAACACAAGCGCAUAGGUGAUAAGAGCAGAAUUAGGCCAUUCGGCCCAUCAACUCUACUCCGCCAUUCAAUCUUGGCUGAUCUAUCUCUCCCUCCUAACCCCAUUCUCCUGCCUUCUCCCCAUAACCCCUGAUACGCGCACUAAUC